AUGGCUGACACUAUCCGAAUCCUUGUCGCCACCGACAACCAUGUCGGCGCUCACGAACGCGAUCCGAACCGCGGCGAUGAUUCCUGGAAGACCUUCCACGAAAUCAUGGAGCUGGCCAAGGAUCGAGAAGUCGAUAUGGUCCUCUUAGCAGGCGACCUCUUUCACGAGAACAAGCCAUCACGAAAGUCCCUGUACAACGUCAUGAGAUCGCUACGGAUGAAUUGCUUAGGAGCUAGACCGUGCGAGAUAGAGAUCCUCAGCGAUGGCUCGCAAGCAUUCGACGCGACCUUCGACUACGCUAACUACGAAGAUCCAGACAUCAAUGUCAGCAUUCCCGUCUUCUCCAUCCACGGAAACCACGAUGACCCAACUGGAGACGGCCACUUCGCAGCACUCGAUCUUCUUGCAGUGUCUGGUCUAAUCAACUACUUCGGACGAGCUCACGAGUCAGAUAGUAUUGAGGUCAGACCAGUUCUGCUGCAAAAAGGAAGCACGAAACUCGCCUUGUAUGGACUGUCCAAUGUCAGGGAUGAAAGACUACAUCGUACGUUCAAGGAUGGCAAAGUCACAUUCUACCAAGCUGGAGCCCAGCAGAGCGAUUGGUUCAAUCUCAUUUGUGUACACCAGAACCACCAUCCACGAACCGACACGAACUGGUUGCCAGAGAACUUCCUCCCGGAAUUCCUGGACCUCGUCAUCUGGGGCCACGAACAUGAUUGUGAUAUUGAGCCUACUGUCAAUCCAGAGAUGAACUUCAAAGUCAUGCAACCAGGAUCAAGUGUUGCCACCUCCCUUGUGCCCGGAGAAGCAAUCCCGAAAUACGUAUCUAUCAUUUCCAUCACAGGCCGGGAACUGAAGACGGAGCCUAUUCGUCUGACCACAGUUCGCCCUUUCGUCUACAAAGACAUUGUACUCGCACAAGACAAAGUAGCUGUACGAAUUAGCAAUGAUGACGACCAUCGCACUAAGCUCACCGCCCAUCUGAUCGAGAUUGUCGAAGGGAUGAUCAAAGAAGCAAAAGAGCAGUGGAAAGAGUCACAGGCAGAAGCCGGCCUAGAGUCAUCCCAGACUGAACCACCUCUACCUCUUAUUCGUCUGCGAGUCGAGUACACGGCACCCAAUGGCCUUGCCAAGUUUGAGGUCGAGAACCCACAACGCUUCAGCAACCGCUUCCAGGGCAAAGUCGCCAACACCAACGACGUCAUCCAAUUCCAUAUCAAAAAGCGGACUGUUGCGACAGACCGCGCCGCCAAAGACGCCAAACGUGACGAAGAGAUCAUGGCGCGCAUGGCUCUGGACAAUAUCCGCGUGGAGCAGCUGGUCAAGGAGUUCCUCGCUGCACAAUCCCUCAAGAUCCUACCACAGAAGCCCUUUGGGAACGCAGUCAAUGACUACGUCGAGAAGGACGACAGAGGUGCACUAGACGACUUUGUUGCCACGAGUCUCACAAAGCAGAUUAGCGAGUUAGGGAAGUUUCGCGAAGAAGUUGAUGAUUCUGACGAGGGAGAUGAUAUUGUGGCGCAGAUACAGCAGGUCAAGGACGAGAUCGAAAAGCAAUACGCCACGCAGCUGGACAAGGUGCGCAACAAGAAGCGGUUCAAGCCUGCGCCGCUAGGCUGGGACUCGGAUGAGGAUGGACCUUGGGUUGAUCAGCCUGCUGCGGUCAUACAUGAGUCGAAAGGAGGGAGUGUAGAUCAGUCAGACGAGUCCGACGAAGAUGGCACCCCAGCGCCACGUGCUGCCACUCGAGGUCGGGGACGUGGUCGAGGUGCGAGAGGAGGACGAUCAGCCGCCGCCGCUACAACUCGAGGUCGUGGUGGCGCAACAGCACGAGGCAAAGCAGCCACCGCUGCGAAGGCCACGAAGACCACCAAGUCACGCAGCCGGCGCCAAGUAAGCGAUGACGACGAUGACGAGGAUGAGGAUGAAGACGUACCUAUGCUCGAUAAUGAUGAUGACGACGAAGAAGACGAAGUUGCAGCACAAGACGAAGAGUCUGACUCCCAAGCCAUGUUUUUCCCUUCGAAUGGCCGCAAGACUACACAAUCGUCCAAUGGUACUACUGCGUCACGGAAAGCAGCCGCAACGACCACGAAGAAAGCUGCGCCAGCCAAAGCUACCAGGAAGACGCCGGCGAGGACUGCAGCUAAGGCUUCGACUGGCACAGGUAGGCAGGGAACCCUGAACUUUAGCGCAAGUCAGGCGAGUGUUCUCGGCACAAGGAGUGCUACGGGCAAGAAGGGGAGCAGGGAUGAUGUAGAGAGUAUUGAAGAUGACAGUGACGGGUUCGAGGAGAUGCCGAGUCAGCCUUUCAAGGGACGGAGACGUUAG